AAUCAACGCAAGCCGCGAACCGAUCCGACGGUGAUUUCUAGUAGUUCGGGCAGCAUUCGAUACAAAUGGCCACCCCGUCGUAGGCGCACGAAGGCCCAAAAGAGUGCCGAAGCAGAGUCCGUGCCAACAGCGGCAUCAUCAUUGGAAUUGGGCUCGGACGCAGCUUCGGCGGUGUUGUAUCCAGGCUUGGUGCGAGUUGCUGCAGACGAUUCUUGUGUCGUUUGCGCUAACGAUGUGGAUUGGCUCUACGAGCUGCAAAAGUGCGGCCACCGAGCCUGUCUUGAUUGUUGGCGGGCCUUCGUUGCCUCUCAAGUGUCAUCUUUCGCCAUGGCCCAUAUUACCUGCAUAGCCUGUGACCGUCGACUCUCAAGAGUCCUCACCAUUCAACUCCUCAGGCCUCCUCAUCAACUUCACUCUGAAACCUCCUCUGCUCGGGACGAGUAUACCACGUUUUCAGCCGGGCAGCAGUCAUCUGCGGCGAAGUUGUACCAGCGAUACGAGGACUUCCUCCUUCACCAAUGCCUCAUACAUGAUAAGAGGACUCGUUGGUGUCCCUGCGGUUGUGGAUAUGCGGUGCUUGCGAGUCACAAAUUCCGAGCCUGCCCCCGAAUCGAAUGUAAAAAUGCCAACUGUCAGAAUGCGGCCUUCUGUUACAAGUGUCGGGGACCGUGGGGCACUGAUGGUCGUGAUCACGUUUGCCAUCAGUCGACCAUCGCUGGUGCUACGUCCGCCGGAGGUGGCGGUGCCGAAGGAAGUGACAUUCUCACCGACAACCAUCGAUCUCUGCUCUCACGACUUCAACAAUUGCUCCGCCUACCUGCUGCCGCUGCAGCUCCCGUGGAUGCUGCAGUUGUAGCAACAGUGGCGAGUAGAGGCGCUCAACCAAAAGCAGAAGCGGAGAUAAACGGUGAUCUUAAUAGGGGCCCAGAGGGUCCAAUUCGACUUUUCUCGGACCGACGCUUCUCUACACCUGCUAUACCGGUUCAGGCGGCUGGUGCUGCUGGCGUGAAUACCGACGAUGAAGAUGAUAAUGGGGCAGUGAAUCGAGGAUCUGAUGCAGAUAUAUCGAAGGUCGAAUUAGAACUUCCCGAUAAUUUAACCGGUAUGCGAUUGUUGCAGAUCAACCAUCUCUGCCUUCAAAUUAAUGCUCAAUGUUGUCUCCCUGUGAUUGUAGGUCAAGUAAAGGCGUGUCCUCGGUGUAAAACCCUACUGCUAAAACUCGAUGAUGGAUCGUGCAAUCACAUGACCUGUUUUAUCUGCGGUUGUGAAUUCUGUUGGCUUUGUCUUCGUGAGGUUCGAGACACCCACUUUCUCAGUCCCACAGGCUGCACUUUCUGGGGCCGUAAGAGAUGGCCAUUUCGUCGACGAAUUUGCGCAAUGUUGUUGGCUGCCUUUGGCACCCCCUUCAUUCUUGCCAUCGUGACCGCGCUCGCUAUACCCGGCAUUGCAAUCGGCUUUCCUGCCUACCUUGUCUACAAGGUAGGUCAAAACGUGAAGGGCAAAAAAUGGAGGCGUAUUCUUCUCAAAACGUUGUCUUUCUUUGGAGGUCUCUUGGUUUCCCCAAUAAUUGCAGGACUGGUGGCUCUUUUUGGUAUUCCCCUGGUGCUAAUCUACGUCUACAUCUUCAUGCCCAUUACCCUCUUCUCCGAAUUGAAAGUGCGUCUCAGUACGGACUCGACAAAUACCGCGGACGUUGACCCGGAAGUAGGAUUCAAGAUUAACUGGGACCGCGUAGGUGAGUCUGCCUCUACCACCUCCUCUACUGUCACUGCUUCUGUCGAUACCCUGGCACCGGAAGACAGUCCCAAAACACAAAAGGCCUCAAAGCAUGCUGAAGUACGGUCCUCAAAGUCCCUUGAAGUGCUUCACGAGAGUGCGGCGGAGUAUGAUUCGUGA